GUCUCCGAAUGGUGUAUAUAUCAGUAUAAUAAUUAAAAAGGCGAAUCAUUGAAUCUUAUAGUAUACGAAGCAUACAAGCCAAUUAAGAUCUACAGAUACUCUUUAUAUGGGCUAUAAUUGGUGCUCAUAUUUAUUGUACGGAGAAUCUGUCUGAUGUCGUCGAACGUCGAGUACAGAUUACAGAAACAUAUAGCAGCAAAAUAUUUUACGUGUGUGUGGCAUCUGAUAUCACGAACACUACAGUGUGUACAAGUGUACAUAUUGCUUAGUGUAUUUCAUUUCGAUCAUCUUUGAUAUCUGUAAGUAUGGUCAGACACGCGAAUACGCAGCGUGGUGGUAAGCGUGAUGGCAAACAUUUUACAAAUGCAAACAAGAAUAAUAAGAACGUUAUCACAACGCGAACAAAAGUGAUACUAAACAAUCGCAACAAACGGACCGCUGGUAAGAUUGCAAAAGCUUCGACCAAAUCGGGAGCAAACCCUUCCGGUGAUAGUGUGUGGAACCGUAUCCACCUCACACCCGAAUCUAUAGAACAACUGGGAGAUACAACCAAAGCUCUUGCCUUAUUGAAUCGCUCGGUCUCAUUAGCAGUGACUACAAAGACUACGACGACUGGAGGUAAAAACACCGGUUAUAGUAUACUCGCAAAGGAGCACCAGGAAGUAAGCCGUGUCGGAGGUGAUCCUUCUUGGAUUGAUCCACUAAUGAUGGAUCUUGCCCAGGCUAUCUGUAUCUCUGAGUCAUUUAAGGGGAAGGCUAACAAGCCGCCGAUGCUGGAACGCCGUGUGAAGGAAUUGUAUGGACAGGCACGUGCUAGAAAGUACACAGGCAUCGAGGACAAGGUAACGAUGUAUAAAACGCUCUACUUAAUGCGGCAACAGACUAAGUCCAGAGAACACGAGAAGUGUCUGAGUAGAUUGCUUCACUGGGAGAAGAUGACUGUCAACGAAUUUUUUCAAUACAUGGAACCAGAAUUUAUGAUUGCCAGGGAGACGGUGGAUUAUAUCAGGGCUUGUCAUGUGGCCGAUCGCGACAACUACAAACGCUGGGAGGCAAUACGCCGAGGGGCACAAUAGGUUAUUUCUUAUCAAUGCUGCCUGCCCUCGGAUACUUACUAUACAGCCUGUGACUGAGUUUAUCUUUGAACGUUCGGGGACAUCUGAACUUGACUAGCGCAUAUAAAGUUGGAGUCUCUCUUAUCUGAAACUUUAUAUGUAAUACAUAAAAACUGAUUCAGUGAGAUGUAUACACAGAAGCUGAGAAAGGUCUUCCUUGGAUGCAGCGACUCGUAUGUCAUCACUAAGACACACACAUUCCAUUUAGCGUCUUUUGGGAUGAAGUACUGACGGCACUCGCUUUGUCAUGCCUCUCUAAAGUGUACAGACCGAAUCGUGCAAUCGACUUUCGAUCGUAGAAACACCAGUUCGAAUCAUAGCCAUUGUGUCUUCUUACGAAUCCUACAGGACGCUUAGAUAAGCACUCGUGUGUCGAGUGCACAAUGUUAUCGACGGUGGAUAAUCAGACAACGUUCGCGUUUGAGUACUGUCUCCAAAAGAAUACAUCGCAAUAUAUUGGCUUGCGCAGUGGUGGUCAUUUUGGUAAAACUAUUAUCAAGCGUCAUCAAUCACCAUCUAAUGUGGAUGAGGUGGGUUUUACACGGGACAUAACACUCACUGGACAUAACACUGCUGCAUAUGAGUUCAAUUGACCGUUAGAGCUUUACCAUCGGGUGCCGUAGACAUGACCUCGUCGAGAAGACAAAGGGUGAUACAAGUCGACACUGUGUCGUUGUCUUGUAUUGGUCGAGGAAUUAUACCUUGUAUCGGUGACUGGGCGUAUCUGAAGGCUAGCGCUAAUGAAGUCUGAAAUGC